GUCACGUAGAGCGGGUCUCAACUUUGAAUCACCCUCUGCUCGCCACUCUUCUUCUAAGAUUCGAAGAGGAAUCUUUAUUUCGAGCCCAAUCGACGACGUUAUCUAAUCAACAAGGACAUCCUUGCAUUCAUUUACGAAGAAUGAUCAUCCAUUCGAUCUUUUUGUUAAUGGUAUCAAUCACGCUCGUAAUUGCUGAAGAAUCUGACAAUGUUUUAUUCGACAAACGUGCCCCUACGGGACAUCAAGAAAUGCAAGGGAAACAGAAUUCUGCUUCUUUGAACUCUGAAAACUUUGGAAUUUUCAAACGUGCGCUCAUGGGUUUUCAGGGUGUGCGUGGAAAGAAAAACUCGAUAAUCAAUGACGUCAAAAAUGAACUUUUUCCUGAGGACAUUAACAAGCGUGCACCGAUGGGUUUUCAAGGCAUGAGAGGGAAGAAGGCCUCGUUCGACGAUGAAUAUUACAAACGUGCUCCGAUGGGAUUUCAAGGAAUGAGAGGCAAAAAAUCUCUUGAAGAGAUUUUAGACGAGAUUAAAAAGAAGACUACGAGAUUCCAGGAUUCAAGAAGCAAAGACGUGUACUUGAUUGAUUAUCCGGAAGAUUAUGGAAAGAGAGUAUUGUCGAUGGAUGGAUAUCAAAAUAUUCUCGAUAAGAAGGACGAAUUACUGGGAGAGUGGGAAAAAAGAGCUCCGAUGGGAUUUUAUGGAACGAGGGGUAAAAAAAUUAUUCUUGAUGCGUUGGAGGAACUUGAUAAACGAGGCGUUAUGGAUUUUCAAAUAGGUUUGCAACGUAAGAAAGAUACGACGUUCGACGAUUAUUUAGAUUAUGCGAUUAAUCCGUUUGAUUACGAGAAAAGGAGUACGGAUUUUCAAGACGUAGAAAGCGGUAGCGAAUCCUUUAAACGAGCUCGUAUGGGUUUUCAUGGGAUGAGAGGUAAAAGGGAUGCGGCGGGGAUUUACGGAUCAAAUUCAAGUACUGUGGGAACGAUUUUUGGUUAUCAAGAUAUGAGGAAUCGAGGAAGUAAUUUUCCUGUAUAUCAAGUUGAAAAACGAUCACCCUUCAGAUACCUUGGUGCCCGAGGUAAAAAGAAUCCACGAUGGGAAUUUCGAGGGAAAUUCGUAGGAGUGAGAGGCAAAAAAUCGUCGUUGCAAACUGUCUUCUAAUCCAUUUUAAUAAUAAAAAAAAAAAAAAAAAAAAA